CGAGACCCAGCCGCGGCCGACCAGCGCGGAGAUGCUGCCCCGGAGGCCGGGGGCAGGAAGGCGGCUGCGGGCGCAGCAGCCUCGGGGACUGGGCAACGCGGGCGCUCAGGGCUGAAGGUGCCCGACCCACCCCCAAGGGCGGCGCGCUCGCCAUCCGGCACCAUCUCUGUGCCCCCGAGGACGCCCGCCCGGGACCUGGGACCUGCAGUGAAGAACCCCUGCUGGGCUCGCUGCUUCCCUGCGGCAGGAAGUCCUCGUGAGAGCGGCGGGCUCGGGCACAGAGCGGGAACCGCAGCCCCCGCACGCACCCACCCCAAAGUCCCCAAUCCUCCAACCGAACGAAGACAGCUCCCGUUCCUCUUUAGCCCACCCGACACUCCCAAUCCCUCCAAAGAAAAAUUCCAGCGGAAGAGGACUCGCACGGAAAAGUAACUGUCUCACGAGACCAGGGGGAGCUCCCAGGAGAACAGGCGAGGACCCGCGGCCCCGGAAUCGCCGCCGCGCUCGGCACCAACUCCCCAAGACUGCGCGAAGGCAAAGGGUACGGCGCCGCCGGGCCAGGGCUGGGUGCGCGGGCAUGAAGUUGGAGGUGUUCGCGCCCCGCGCGGCCGCCGAGGACAAGCCAAGCGGUGACCUGGAGGGCGCGGGCGGCAGCGACCCACCGUCCCCGCUGUCGGCGGCCGGCGACGACUCCCUGGGCUCAGACGGGGACUGCGCGGCCAACAGCCCGGCGACAGGCGGCGGCGGCGGCGCCGGGGAUCCGGCGGGCGGCGGCGAGCGGCGCGCGGGCGAGGAGCCGGGCGCCGGGGAGGAGGGCCCGGCGGCGGCGGCGGCGGCGGGGCCAGGGGGCGCGGAGCCCGGCGCCGCGGGGCCCGGCGCGGGGGGCGUGGGGGGCGGCGAGGGCGCGCGCAGCAAGCCGUACACGCGGCGGCCCAAGCCCCCGUACUCGUACAUCGCGCUCAUCGCCAUGGCCAUCCGCGACUCGGCGGGCGGGCGCCUGACGCUGGCCGAGAUCAACGAGUACCUCAUGGGCAAGUUUCCCUUCUUCCGCGGCAGCUACACGGGCUGGCGCAACUCGGUGCGCCACAACCUGUCGCUCAACGACUGCUUCGUCAAGGUGCUGCGCGACCCCUCGCGGCCCUGGGGCAAGGACAACUACUGGAUGCUCAACCCCAACAGCGAGUACACCUUCGCCGACGGGGUCUUCCGCCGCCGCCGCAAGCGCCUCAGCCACCGAGCCACCGGCCCCGCGCCGGGGCUGCGGCCCGAGGACGCCACGGCCCGCCCCGCCGCCGCCGCCGCGCCCCCGCCGCCCGCGCCCGCCGCCCCGGCCUCGCCCCGCGCGCGCUCGCCCGCCCGCCUGGAGGGGCGCGCCAGCCCCGCGGGCAAGUUCUCCAGCUCCUUCGCCAUCGACACCAUCCUCAGCAAGCCCUUCCGCAGCCGCCGCGACGGGGACGCGCCCCCCGGGGCGCCGCUGCCGUGGGGCGCCGUGCCCCGCCCGCCGCUGCCUGCGUACCCGGCGCUCCUGCCCGCGGCGCCCGGCGCGGCCCUGCUGCCGCUGUGCGCGUUCGGAGGGGGCGAGCCGGCGCUGCUGGGCGCGCGCGGGGCCGAGGGGCCAACCGCCCCGCCGCCGCCCGCGCCGCACCUCCUGCUCGCGCCCCUCUCCGCCGCGGCGCCCGCCAAGCCGUUCCGAGGCCCGGCGGUAGGCGGCGGCGCGCACCUGUACUGCCCCCUGCGGCUGUCCGCGGCCCUGCAGGCGGCCUCGGCCGGCGGCCCCGGCCCGCACCUGCCCUUCCCGGUGGAGACGCUCCUGGCCUGAGCCAGCCCAGAGCCCCGCGGCGGUGCGCGCGGACCGGGAGGCUCUUGGGCUUUGCACUUUCUCACCAGAGGAAAAGAGACUUCUUUUCAAAACCGCCCUCAGACGUGCCUUAAAGCGAAAGCAUUUCGACAGAAAUAUUUUAACUUAGUCCGGAAUAUUUUCCUUGGUCUUUUAUAACUUUACAGAGGGCCAAAGCAAUCCUCCUUCAUUGUUUCAGUUUCUUAUCCAAGCCUGUGUCUCCCCUCUCUUCAUGAAGACUUUUCCUCUGUCCUUACUGCCCAGGCUCCCCCUUGUUCCUACUGUUGUUGUCGCACCUUCCAUUGACUUAUCCCCCCACCCCAAAGCACAUCAGGGAACCAUUCCAUACGAUAAAUGACGUGACUACUGCUGGGGUUUGCUGGGCCCCAUCCGUGUAUGUAUGUGGCAUUUACAGGUAUGACUGAGUGUGAGAGCAGUCAGAGAACUGCCGUCGUAUCUCUGCUAUCGACCAAUGCUUCACUGUGCCAAAAGAGAAAAAAAAAAAAAUGUUGGGUUUUGUAAUUAAAUUAUUUAUAUAUUUUUGAAACCUGAAUUGAAAAUGUUGCAGGCAACGGGCUACAGCUUUAUUACUGGUUCUCUAACUGUGGUCUCCUUGGGCCAAGCAAUUUCUUUAAAACAAAAGUUAACGUUAUGUAUGUGGGGUGCCAGGACCACUGCCACUUGAAAGCAAGUGUGAUUUUUAUUUUUAAUAUUAUUUUAUUUGUGUCUGUGUAUAUAUUCAUGUGUAAAUUUUAUGAAACCCAGGCAUAGUGCUUAUUUUUUAAUAAAAUUCACAUCUGACUUAAA